AUGGGUUCGCAUCAUAGUACUCCAACUACUACUACUACUACUACUACUACUACUUCAGUUCCUAUAACUACAACUACGACUACUACAACUACUACAACAAAUUUUCCUAUAACAACAACAGCAAUAUCAACAACAACAACAACAACAACUUUACCUCCUCAGAUUAUAUUAACAGGAACAUCUUAUUCAAUUCCUAGUAGUAUACAAUCACAAGAUAGUUCUAUUGCAUUUAUUGUUCCUGUAAGUACUAUUAGUUCAGAACCAUUAGUAAUUUCUGCAUCAGAUUCUUCAGGGACAAAUAUAUGUCAAAUUAAAUUUAAUACAUGUUGUGGAAAAAUGUAUGGUUUUAAUAAUGGUCAAUUCGAUACUAUUUCAUAUUCUAAUGAAUGGAAAUCUAUGAAUUCUGUUAAUUUAACUUUAGCAUGGAUAGGUGCAAUGUUUUAUUUAAUUGUAUCUGAAAAUUUAAUUCCACUUGCUAAUUUAGUUAAUUUAAAUUCUAAUACAUAUCCAGUAUCAUUAUCACUUUCUAGUGAAUCUGGUACACCUAUAUCAACAACUUGGUACUAUAAUCAAGGAUUUAGUAAUAUUAUAGCGAAUUCUUGUACUUUAGAAUUAGAACAAAAAUGUAAAAGUGCUCAAAUUACAAUUGGAGAAGGUAAUGGACUUUCACAAGAUAAUGAAUAUUUAAGAUAUGGUUUUAUAUUACCACAACAAACUCAUUUACCUAUAACAAUGGAAUUAUAUUCAUUUGCAGAACAAAUAGCAACAAUUAAAUUUACAGCAAAUACAAUAUCAUUAAAAAGUUCUAUUAAUAGUAAUAUUGUUACAUUAUCAGAGAAUAUUUUAGUAGGUAAUUGGAUGGAUGGUGAUAUAUUUAUUUUAUCUGAUGAAAUAUUAAAUGUUCUUGAAUUAAAUAUAAAUAAUAUUCCAUGUUUAUUUUCUUCUAGUUCUAGUUGUUUUGAUAGCCAAUCUUCUGAAUCAUGGAUGAGCUCUUCUGAAACUACAGAUUUACUAAGAUAUGCUUAUGUUAAACAGCUAGAAAUUGCAAAUAGGUAUUCUAAUAAUACAAAUACAACUUCUCAGCCUAAUUUAUCAUAUUUGAAUUUGAUUGUAACCUUUCAAAAUACAAUGAUUGGAAAUUUAAAAAUUCCAAAUUCUCCAAUAACAAAAUUUAUAAUGACAGGAACAUCAAGUUAUAUUCCUUUAACAUAUUGGAUUUUAAAAUCUGGGAUGUCUCCAUCUAUUAGUAUUCCUACUUCAAGUCUAGAUUCAUUAAUUUCUCAGAUUCAAAACCCUCAAUCUUUAGAAGAUAACUCUAAUACAUCAAAUUCACUUCAAGGUAUAACAACAACAACAACUGCUGCUACAUCUUCUUGGAUUUCUUUCUUGGAAGGUCUAUUUUAA